CACCCACUCGUUUCUUAUUAGUAUGGUUCCAGUGAAUUUGCAAAUCUCAGAUUUCCUAGAACCUCCUAUUCCCGUGCCCAACAGGCAACAGCGUUGGGGACGAAGUCCUAAUCACUUGAGUUUAGUGGGAAAGGUACACAACCAGAUUGUGGUUUCUGUUCCACACCCUUCAGCACUCCUGCUCUCAGCUCCACACUUGUGUCCCCGACGCUGGAAGGUGACUGCGGCAGCACUGGUCGGGUGAGAAUGACCUAACUGAACCGCAGAGCACUCUAGGGUGGUGCUCUGGCGCGGGGAUCACGCUCCUCCCACAGCCAGACGCCUAGGGGCCUGGAGGCCGUUCUUUCCCAAGCCCACAAGUUCUUCGGGCUUCGGGACAGCACUCCACGAUCCGGCCACGCCAUAAGGGGAUCUGAAGGCCACCGGCCAUGAGCGUCCCGUUGCGAUCCGGCCGGAGCACCUGGCGGCGGGCAGCCACCGUGGUGCUAGCCGCGGGCUGGAACCGUCCGAGUCCCGGCGCCCCUCAGUCUGCCGACGACUUCCGGCUGCUGCUUCUCGAGCGCGCCCCAAACCAGCGCUUCAUGCCAGGCGCGCACGUCUUCCCGGGCGGAGUGCUGGACGCCGCCGACAGCUCGGCCGAUUGGCUGCGACUGUUCGCGCCCCGGCACACACCGUCGCGCUUCGGCCUGGGCCCGGCGCCGCCUCAGCACCCCUCUUUCCCGGGGCUCGUCCACGACAACGCGCACGCCGGGGCGCUGCCCGAUGAUGUAGCGCUGCGCAUCUGCGCUGUCCGCGAGGCCUUCGAGGAGGCUGGGGUGCUGCUGCUGAGGCCGCGGGACUCGGCGCCGGCUUCCCCGGGGCCCGGCCUGGCGCUGUCGCCUCCGCCGGGCCUGGCCGACUGGCGCUCGCGCGUGCGCAGUGACCCGCGCUGCUUCCUGCAGCUGUGCGAGCACCUGGACUGCACGCCCGACAUCUGGGCUCUGAGCAACUGGGGCGGCUGGCUCACGCCGUACGGGCGUGGCACCCGCCGCUUCGACACCACCUUCCUCCUGUGCUGCCUGCGCGAGACCCCGCCGGUGGAUCCCGACCUCACCGAGGUGGUGGGCUACAAGUGGUUGUCUCCAUCAGAGGCAACUGAGCGUUUCCUGUCCAAAGAAAUCUGGCUGGCACCACCGCAGUUCUAUGAAAUGAGAAGACUUGAAACUUUCGACUCUCUCUCCGCUCUGUACAGAUUUUCUUCAGAUCACCCUUUAGAAAUAACCGAGAAAUGGCUGCCGAUAGUACUUUUAACUGCUGAUGGCUCCAUCAAUCUUCUCCCAGGAGAUGAGCUGUAUGUGAAAGACUCAGAUUUCUUAGAAAAACCAAUGUCUACUGACAAAAAGACUGAAGAACUCGUGAAGGAAGGCAAAGUGGUUAACCGAAUGGUGAUCCACAGUCUCUACCACUAUGAACUCUAUGUGUCUCUGCUGUCCAAGGAUAAGCUCGUGUACCCUAAGAACUACGUAGUGAAUAAGAGCCUGCCUGCCCACUUGUGAGGUGCUCCACUUGUGGGGAUCGACUGAUCGUGUCUGAAAUACAAGGACUGUGCCUGUAAAGUUGUGUCUGCCCUGUUCCCUGUGUUGUGUGCGUUUGCUGCCUGUCUUCAGACUGCACAACAAGCCCCGAGGGUACAAUGUAUGAAGUGUUAAGGACCUGGUUACUGGAUAAACGGCUUCACAAUG